GUCCGACGCCUGUCGUUCUUGUCUUGUGUCAAUCGACAUUCUAUUCUAUUCACCGCGGAGACAAUGGAAGCUGCUUUAAAGGAACUCACCAAACUGGAAAAGCUUACUGGCGACUCCUCAGCCAAGGCGAAAUCUGCUUCCAUCUCUGACUCCUUGGACUCACUUCUCGAUUCUCUCCGCACUGCCAGACAACUUUGCGUAGAAGACAUCUUACCUGAGGAUGCACGCAUCAAUUUAUCGCGUAUUGUGGAAUCAAGGAAAAAGGACAUCGAUGAACGACAGAAAGAGAUUUAUUCCUCAAUGUCUCGCCUUGGGAAAGCCCUGGAAAAGAAAUUCACUAGUACACUGCCUUCUUACCCAAAUCUCUUCACAUCUGAAGAGUCCGUUGCUGCACUGGAGCGAACCGUAGUCCUACACUUCCUACGCACCGGUCAGUUCGACACGGCCCAGACACUUCUAGAAGAAUCCAACACGGAUAUUCCGAGUGUUUUGCGAGAGCAAUUCAUCGACCUUCAUAGGAUUCUACAAGCCCUGAAGGAUCAAGACACGGGUCCGGCACUUCAAUGGGCGAGAGAAAACCGGGACUUUCUGAAAUCACGGGCAUCUCCUUUAGAGUUCUAUCUACAUCGUUCCCAGUAUGUUCGGCUUCUGUUAUCUUCACAUCCCCCAGACCCACGUCCGGCGCUCGCAUAUGCAAACUCUUCAAUGCGAAUGUUUUACGAUCAUCACGAAGAUGAAUUCAAGCGCCUGAUGGCUUGCCUCGCAUUCCUGCCGUUGUCCCGUCUAAAGACCUCUCCAUAUGCUGAUUUGGCAUCGCCGUCGUUGCACUGGGACCUGGAACCCCUCUUCGCUAAGGAGUAUUGUGCCAGUUUAGGGAUGAGUAAACAGGUACCGCUUAAUGUUGUAACGGAAAUCGGUGGAGGUGGCGCCCUGGCGAAGAUAGAAAAGGGAAAACGCGUAAUGCGGGAGCGUAAGAGUGAAUGGAGCCAAGCGGAUGAGUUACCGAUUGAAAUACCCGUUCCCUCAGAGAACAGAUACCAUUCAAUCUUCACAUGCCCAGUCUCUAAGGAACAGUCCACCGAAUCAAAUCCACCGAUGAUGAUGGCAUGUGGUCAUGUUAUAGCUAGAGAUAGCUUACAGAAACUGAGUAAACCCGGAGGACGGGUGAAAUGUCCAUACUGUCCGACAGAGUCCCAGGCAUCUGCGGCACUACCCGUAUAUUUCUGAUUCUUCUCGCAUCAUGUAUCAUGUACAACACUGUAGUACUACCGACCCUCACCAUUGCUACUUAAUGGAGAAAUCUAAUGAGACUUGAAAUCUUAACUUGCAUGCGGACCUUGAUCGAAUCGGGCAUGGCCGUCGGGUUUCGGCCCUUACGGCGCGCUUACGGUCACGCUUAUGUCACGUUGCCCUAAACAAG